UCGGAGCACGUGCGGAAUAAAAACAAAAAUUAUUCCGGUUUUUCGUAUCGGUCUCGGGGAUUAAGUUUGAAUAUAUUGAGUGAAGUGUGAAAUUAUCUUCCAAAAUGCCUCUGCACCGGUUGUUCGUGGGUAACAUCCCGGCCGGAACCAACGAACAGGAUUUGCGGCAAGAGUUCGGUUCAUACGGCCCGGUGCGAGCCAUCGAUCUCAAAAGCAAAGCGAACCCGCUAGAUGCAUCGGCACCGGUGGACACGUUUGCUUUCGUAAACAUUGAACUGGAUGAGCGAACCCUGCGUCAGUGUUUGACCGAGUUCCGACAGCAACAAUACCGGGGCGUCUAUCUUAACGUCAGCAAAGCCAGGGAAUCCUUCCUGGAUCGGUUAAAGCGGGAACGGGAAGAAGCCGAACAGGCCAAACAGAAUGCCGUGGCAUUGGAUCCUUACAGAAAAUCGGUACCCGAAAAGGAAGAAGCUCCUCAGGAACUUCCGGCCCUGCCAACGAUUGCCAAGGAAGUGGCAUCAUCGAGCUCCGAAUCCAGUUCGGAGAGUGAAGAUGAAGAACCUGCUCCGGUAAGGAAACCGUCGAUAGAUCCGAACAGGCGUCAACAGCCCAAUAAGACGGAAGAUGAUCAGCUGGUUCGCAAAUGGAACCAGGAAACCUACAUCGAACAUGGGAAACUUAGAAUCGUACCCAUCACUGGGCAGGUGGCAGAGGUGAUCGAUCAAAGUAAAAAUCGUAGGAAGGUUCCCACUAACCGUGAUCCAGACUCCAAAGGGCAGCAGGCUGACGAAAAGCGGAAGCAAGGUUUGAGCAAGAUAACGGAUGCUUACGAGCAGCAGAAGUUGGCCAUAAAAGCCGCACUGACCGGAGAUAUGACCGGGAAACGAAAUAAGAUAGUUUUCGAUGAUGGUGAGGAAGACGACGGUCAACCUGGAAAGAAGUCGAAACUGGCACUUUUCGAGGACGGCGAGGAAGAUGAUGGGUUCAGGGCAAAUUUCGGACUCCGGAGGCAACUUGCUGAAAAUACUGUCAAAGGUCAACGUUUAUUCGAGAUGCAAACGCAAUUCAAUGGCGAUUCUCGGUUCAAGCUGGACGAAAGGUUCCUCGACGACGACAGCGAAAUUGCUGGGCGCCGGAAGAAGAAAGCCUUGGAGAAAACGAACUCCCAACAACAGCCACAGCUGGGUAAAGCACAAAACCAGGAACGCAAAAAGCAGCUGGAAAUUUUGUCCAAAGUAAUGGGCAAAGAAAUUCAAGAUCGAUCCCAAUUCAAAACGGGCUCGACGGAUGCUGGUGGUCCCAAAACAAUGCAACGCUUUGAUCCGUCCGCAACUGUCAAGGGCAAUGCAGAGCGAAAGGUUGAGAAACCGGAGAAGAAAAAGCUAACGGAAGAACAAAUCCUGGAAGCUAAACGAGCGGUGCGGGCUGAGGAAGAAUUCCAGGUUACAGAAGAUAAGUUCUAUCAAGUUUCGGAAGGCUUGAAUAGUGCCAUCGGUAGCAGUGGAACGGGAUUCAGUUUGUUGGCUAUGUUUGGAGCAUCCAGCAAAAAGAGCGAUGACGAUGACUUUGAAGAAAAUGAAGAUGACGAUGAACCGAAUGAAGAUGAUAACAAAUUAAGCUUCGAUGAUUACGACAUUUCUGAGGCGGAAGCUGUGCAAAAUGUCCCGGAGGAAGAACCAGAAAUAGCGCCUGAAGAAACCCAAAUUACAGAAAACGCUGAAGCAAAGAAAAAGAAAAAGAAAGCCGGAUACCUCUCGAGGCAGGGUAUUUGGAAAGAAACCCUUUUCUUCCUGCCAAACGACGCCCGUCUGGAAGAAGGUAGGAAGUUUUUCACCGAAUUUGUCAACCCUCAAUCAACGGCUGUUGAUGUUAAGGCAGAUCGGGACGAGAAGGUGAAGGACAUUCGGAAGAUUUUCAAGAAAAGACGAAUGCGCGAAACGAAAAUAGUCAACCAGAUGAGGGCUAAGCGUGGUUUGAAGUUGGUUAAGGGAAAACGAAAAUAAAAUUUGUUUUUAUUGACACUUAGUAUAAAGUGCUUCUAAUGUAGAGAAAGCCUCCCAACUGGAUUAGGAUUUGGGGAGAUCCACACUUAAAUCGGCAAGCACGUAGGCAGUUGCUGCCCAUAGAGCGGUGCACUUGUCGAGGCUCUUUGGAUCUUCCACCAGCAUACUGUCACCUUCCGAAUGGUGGUACC